GACACUCGUAGACACUCAAACGCAGAGACGGAGAUAGAGAGAGAUAAAAUAAGGAAAAAAAAAAAACUGAGAGCGCUCGGAGGCUUAUUUGGCGCGAAGAGAGUGGCGGAAGAGGAAAACAGACGCCGUGAGUAACAUAGGGAGGCGGAGGAGACAGCGAGGCGGACAUUGAUAGUCGAAUCGUGUGGAUUGGUCCAGAUUUGAGCGAGGUUUGGGUUUGGAUUCUGGAAUUUGGGGUGAUUGUGAAGCUAGGAGGAGAGAUAGGUCAGAAUUGUAGUUGAGUGACAGAGCCGGCGAGCUUUGAGCGAUUGAGAGAGAUAGAAGCCACCGCGUUAUUACAGCGAUUGAAAAUAGAUCUCACGGUGUGUGUGUGAGUUCAGAAAUUGCAGAGCGUAGAUUCGCAGAUGAGAGAUCUGUGCUGAGCCGAGGGUAAAAGGUCUCAAGAAGAAGAAAGAAGAAAGAUGACGUCAUCGGAGGUUUCGAUGAAAGACAACGGCGGGAGGAACCUGAGAGGUGGAGGAGGAGGAGAGAGCUUCUCUUCCGGUUUCAGCGACAACAAUGAAGGGAGGAAUAUGGCGGAGGGGCAGAAAAGUCAUUCGACUGUGCCGGCGGCUGGCAGAGAUGCCGAAACCGCACUCUACACGGAGCUAUGGCACGCCUGCGCCGGGCCGCUUGUGACUGUGCCGCGUGAAGGGGAGCGUGUCUUUUAUUUCCCGCAGGGACACAUCGAGCAGGUGGAGGCGUCGACUAAUCAGAGGGCUGAGCAGCAGAUGCCAGUGUAUAAUCUUCCACCAAAGAUACUUUGCCGGGUGAUCAAUGUUCACUUGAAGGCUGAACCAGACUCGGAUGAGGUGUUUGCGCAAGUGACUUUACUUCCGGAGCCAAAUCAAGAUGAGAAUGCAGUGGAGAAAGAGCCUCCCCCGCCUCCGCCACCGAGAUUUCAAGUACAUUCAUUCUGUAAAACCUUGACAGCCUCGGACACAAGCACUCAUGGAGGGUUUUCUGUUCUAAGGCGGCAUGCCGAUGAAUGCCUUCCACAACUGGAUAUGUCUCGUCAGCCUCCAACCCAGGAAUUGGUUGCCAAAGAUUUACAUGGAAAUGAGUGGCGCUUCCGCCAUAUCUUCCGAGGUCAACCAAGGAGGCAUCUACUUCAAAGUGGUUGGAGUGUUUUUGUUAGCUCCAAGAGGCUUGUUGCAGGCGAUGCAUUUAUAUUUCUAAGGGGUGAAAAUGGGGAGCUACGUGUCGGUGUUAGACGUGCAAUGCGACAGCAGGGCAAUGCACCAUCUUCGGUAAUAUCUAGUCACAGUAUGCACCUUGGUGUACUUGCAACUGCAUGGCAUGCCAUCAUGACAGGAACUAUGUUCACUGUCUACUACAAGCCAAGGACAAGCCCUGCUGAGUUCAUUGUACCAUUUGAUCAGUACAUGGAGUCUAUCAAGAACAACUAUUCUAUAGGGAUGAGGUUUAAGAUGAGAUUUGAAGGUGAAGAAGCUCCAGAACAGAGGUUUACUGGCACCAUAAUUGGAAUUGAAGACGCUGAUCCGCAAAGGUGGCGAGAGUCUAAGUGGAGGUCUCUCAAGGUGAGAUGGGAUGAAAAUUCAACCAUACCCCGUCCGGAGAGAGUUUCAUCUUGGAAAAUAGAGCCUGCUCUAGCUCCUCCUGCACUCAAUCCUCUUCCCAUGCCACGGCCGAAGAGGCCGCGUUCAAACAUGGUUCCCUCUUCUCCAGACUCUUCUGUCCUCACUAGGGAAGUAGGAUCUAAAGUAAUGGCAGACCCUGUACUACAAGGUGGGUAUUCAAUGGUCUUGCAAGGUCAAGAAUUCUCGACCUUGCGAGGCAAUUUUGUGGAGAGCGAGUCUGAUACAGCUGAAAAGUCUACUGCAUGGCCAGCUUCAGUAGAUGAUGAGAGGAUUGAUGUAGUUUCUGGUUCAAGAAGAUAUGGUCUCGGUGCAGAUAACUGGGUGCCCUCGGGGAGGCAUGAACCAACCUACACAGAUUUGCUAUCAGGCUUUGGAACUAAUGUUGACUCCUCACAUGGUAUCCGUCAACCCUUUGUUGAUCAAGCAUCUGCCAACUCAAUGAGAAAGCAUUCACUGGUUCAGGAAGGCAAGUUUAACUUGAGCUCCUGGUCAAUGUUGCCCUCAUCGCUGUCACUUAGCUUGGACUCUAAUCAGAAGGGUCCUAUUGGCAAUGCAUCUUACCAAGCACAACAGAAUGUUAAAUAUGGUGGAUUGAAUGAUUAUUCUGUUCACCAUGGUCAUAGAAUCGAGCAACCACAAGGAAAGUGGUUGAUGCCUCCACCACCCACAUCUCAUUUUGAUCAAGCGAAUGCACGGGAGGUCAUGCCAAAGCAUAUCUCACUACUGAAACAUGAGACUGUUAAACCUAAAGAUGGAAGAUGCAAGCUCUUUGGCAUUCCCCUCAUAACACCGGAACCUUCAUCAUAUACAACUGCAUUGAAUGAGUCAGCUCGUCAUAACCAAGCACUUAUCUUGGAUUCUGACCAGAAGUUGGAAGUGUCGAGGGGAUUGAAGUCGGUGGAUAAUGUACUAGCUGUCAGUGAGUUGGAUAAACAAAUUUCUCAGCAUCUUACCAAAGAUGGUCAGGGUAAAGCACAAGGCUCUUCGACUAGGAGUUGCACCAAGGUUCACAAGCAGGGUAUUGCACUUGGUAGGUCUGUUGAUCUUACGAAGUUCAACAACUACGAUGAACUGAUUGCUGAAUUGGACCAAUUGUUUGAAUUUGAUGGUGAACUAAUGGCCCCGAAAAAGAAUUGGCUGAUUGUCUAUACUGAUGAUGAGGGUGAUAUGAUGCUUGUUGGAGAUGAUCCGUGGCAGGAAUUUUGUGGCAUAGUUCGGAAGAUUUUCAUCUACACGAGAGAGGAGGUUCAAAGAAUGAACCCUGGGACCUUAAAUUCACUUGGGGAGGAGAAUCCAGCAUUGCCUGCUGAGGGUGUGGAUGCAAGAGGGGGGAAGUCUCAGUGACCUUGCUUGAGCAUUAAUUUCUGAUUAGUGUUAGGACUGGUUUUAGGUAUGACUAGGUAUAUUAUCAAUUAUCGACUAGAGAUGCUUAAGGUAUCAUGGUUUCUUACUGGUGUUCUGUACAUUUUGUUUGGGGGGGGGGGGGAUCCUAUUCACAGUUCUUUUGGUCAGAGUGCUAUUAAACAGUUCGGAUAUAUGAACUAAUUGAGAUCGAUGUCAGCUCGUUUCUCGAUUGGACUUAAAAGCUCACCCGAUACGUCCUGGGUAGAUGGCAGGCGAUUAUCCAGUUUUGGGCAUGUUUCUGGGAAUUUAGUCAUUGAAGUGUCUGGUUAUAUAGGUAUAGAUAAAUAUUAGUUAUACCCUAGUUUCAAGUAAGGUAAUGUGUGCCUUGCUUUUCACAAACAAUUCCCCACCUUGUACAGCAGUUUCCGUCUAUAUUUUGCUGUCUUGUAAUGUAAGUACGCGCACAGAUUGUCUAAUGUUAUAUUUUUCUGGUUAAUGAACCAUUGUCUCAAGCUUUCAGUA